AUGGCCCACCAAGAAGACUACAACACAACACGCCCGUCUCUUUUCUCCGACGAGGAUUUUGGUUAUUGGAAGGGUCGAAUGGAGUACCACCUCAAGAUGCAAGUCGAGAUAUGGAUGAUCAUCCAAAUCGGCCUCGCGCUUCCACUCGACAGCACUGGAAAACCAAUAUCAUGUGAGAACUGGGACACAAGUCUGAUGAAGAAGAUUGAGGCCGACGCCAAAACAACUUGCACUCUCCAAUGUGGCUUAACAAAAGAGGAGUUAAACCGAGUAGGCCCUUUCUCAAGCGCCAAAGACUUGUGGGAGAAGCUAAUAGAGCUGCACGAAGAGACCUCUGAUACUAAGGAAGGUGAAUCGGCAAGCCAACUUCAUGCUCGGAUGCAAGACUCGCUCAACGGCCUUCACGUAAUCGGUUAA